CAAAAAAAAAUUUAAUUUACUAUUCACCACUAAUAGCAAGUCCAUAUACUUAGCAGAAAACAAAAAAUCAAAUAAAAUCAAUAAAAUACUUAUACAAAAAUAGUACUAAAAAAAUAUAUUAUAUUAAAAAUAUCUGAGCAUUAAAAACAAAGCAAUCGGAUUCAAACAUUGGCCGCAAUAACGUAUUAUACAACAUAAAUACAAUGCUAAUAAAACAAAGCCUUUUAAACAAAUCGAAGAUGGCACAAAGCUUCUAAAUUAUUGCUUACGGCAGCUCAAGCCAGCUCAACUUUUUUCGAAGAACCGUCUAAUUCCAAACUGAACUACAGAACCAAGCACACAGGAUGAGAACAAAGAGCCGCUGAAGAUGAGGCUGAGUGCCACUCCAACUGCAAACCAGACCUUAGGUGACCCGGCUGACGCAACCUCAUCCCUGAACUCGCGGAUGGUAUGCAAGUUUUAAUUACUCAUCCUAUGGAGGAGCGGCAUGCUCAGAACCGGAUCGUGGCUGAUGUUUAAAAAUGGUCAUGCCGCUAUGCCCGGAGUUUUGGUGACGAGGUCUUGACUUUUUGGAGGAUUUAGGAAGCGACUAUGAAGAUGCACUUCUACAAGCUGAAUUUGGAAAAUUUCAUUUUCUUUUACUUACGAUAUGUGGUCUUAUAUACCUAAACACAGCAAUAGGAAUAACUAUAAUAUCAUUUGUUCUUCCCACUGCAACUUGCGAUUUUGAUAUGACGUCUAAAGAUAAAGGCUGGCUAUCUGCUUCUCCAAUGCUGGGAAUGCUGAUAGGAUCAUAUUUUUGGGGAUGUCUCGCAGAUACAAAAGGUCGACGCAUUGUAUUAAUUGUAACUCUCUUAGCAGACGGUAUAUGUGGAUUGGUAUCAUCACUUGCACCUUAUUACCUCAUAUUCCUGUUUAUUCGUUUUGCGAAUGGUUUCAAUGUGGCUGGAACAAUGGGCAUUGUGUUUCCUUACUUGGGAGAGUUUCAACCAACGAAGUACAGAGAAAAAAUUUUAUGCUGGAUGGAGCUUUUUUGGACAUUUGGAAUCAUUUUACUUCCAGGAAUCGCGUGGAGUGUAAUUCCAUUGCAAAUAAAUCUCCAAUUUAGUGUUUUUACUUACCACAGUUGGAAUCUCUUUGUUGCAAUAUGCGCAAUACCCAGUAUUUUGCUGGGUCUUUGGCUUUUUUCAUUUCCGGAAAGCCCAAAAUUUCUAUUAGAGCAUGGGGAAACAGACAAAGCGCUGGAUAUUCUCGUUUGCAUGUUUAUACAGAACACUGGACGUAAACGUGAUGACUACCCUUGUAAGAGUCUACGUGGCCCAGACCGUUCUAAUAAGAAAAAUGGCGAAAAGGGAAUUCCUAACCUUCGAUUUAGAAGACCGAAUGAGUUAAAGAUAUUAAUAUCGGAAAUUUGGACACAAACUAAAACGCUUUCCAAGAAACCUUACUUAAAAAAUUCGUUUUUAACUUGCGGAAUACAGUUUUGCCUAACAACAAGCUAUUAUACUCUGAUGGUGUGGUUUCCAGAGCUUUUCCACCGAUUUGAUGAUUACGAAAAAGCCAAUCCGGGAAUUUCUGCAUCCGUUUGCGAUGUUUCCUCCAUUGUUAUUACAAAUUCAACUCUUUCAGGUUGCGACUCAAAAAUUAAUAGCCAAGUUUUUUUGCACACAAUCAUUAUUGGAAUAGCAUGCAUACCAACAAGCUUUUGGCUUCCUCUUUGUGUACAUCAUUUGGGAAUUAAAUUUUUUUUGGUUUUCAGUCUAACCGUAGCUGGUUUCAUAACAUUUGGUCUUUACUUUGUACGAACCUCCUUAGAGAAUCUAAUACUGUCAUGCAUUUUUGAGGCACUGACUUCUCUUAGUAUCAGCACUGUUUACUGCGUUAUGGUUGAUCUAUUCCCCACCAAUUUAAGAGUAAUGGCGGCGGCGAUGUCAAUGACGUUUGGAAGAGGAGGAGCUUUGCUGGGCAACCUUAUAUUCGGAUUCCUAAUUGAUUUGAAUUGCAUAAUUCCUAUCACUGUUUUUUCGGCUAUGCUAUUCGUUAGUGCGUUUUUGUGCUGGUUGUUACCCACUACUGGUACGCAGGCUCUGGACUAAGUUUAAAAGUGAAAAAGUUGAUUGUUUCAAAUAAAACCGGACUUGUUGUUAGUGAACGUAGUUGUUAGUGAAUGAAGGCUUAAUAAGUAUAAAAUUGAGCUUUAAUUAUUAUGUAAAUUUUUAUAUUAUUACCAAGUAUGUGAAGAAAAUGUUUCAAAAUAAAUACAAUUGUAAUAA